AUGCACUAUGAACAGAAGUAUAUUGAGCACAAUAUGAGCAAUAUGGUGAAACAUGUUAUGGGGAAGCAUCUUGAUUGGUGUGAUUGGGAUGGAAUGCAACUGGAACGGGUGCUACGGAAUCAGGUAGUGAUAAAUGAGAGACUGUUGAGGAAUAGGAGAAUGCUGGAAAUACGGCUGAGAAAUAGGCUGAAAUACGAGGAUGUGAAACAGGUUGUGGAUCCAGAACGAGUUGACUUCAGUCUCAUUCAUCGUAUCAUAGAUCCAAUAUACAAGAAUAGAAGAGAUAAGAGUCUCUGUAUAAGUGAGAGAAUCAAGAGAGCAGGAAAGAAGAUUGAACACGGAAUAAAGAGGAAGAUUCUGCUAUGGAGAAUGAGGUACGGGAAUGAUCCAUUUAGGUAG